AUGGCCGAGUUUCCACGCGACGUAGGAAUGCCCCCUGCCAAAUCUCUGUUGAUAUACCUCGUCAGGUUGGGGAGUUUUACUUCGACUCCAAAGAUUCUGAACAAUGAUACAGCCGACAAUGAUGUGGAUAUUCCCGAACAUUCGAGUCGUGAAGAACUGCUGAAGAGAUGUGAAAAAGAACUGGAACACCUUCCUCCACCAAUCCGACGUUCUUUCCAUUACUUUGAUGGAUCUCGAGUUUCGUCUGAAGAAAUCCCACAUUGUAAACCACAGGCGAUUCGUGUUAUGCAGUGGAAUGUAUUAUCACAAUCUCUUGGAGAGAAACACGACAAUUUUGUGGCGUGUCCGGAAGAAGCAUUGUGUUGGAGGACACGGCGCUGGAGGAUGUUGGAAGAAAUCUUCAUGUAUAAGGCAGACAUUUUGUGCUUCCAGGAAGUGGACCAUUUCUAUUUCCUCAAGAAGACAUUGGGGGCGUUAGACUUCGUCGGUACGUUCUUUCCCAAGCCGGACUCACCUUGCAGCUACGUCAAAGGAAACAAUGGCCCUGAUGGUUGUGCUAUUUUUUACAACACCAGCAAGUUUGAAUUGCUGAGGACCGAGACCCGGAUAUUGGAGGUUUGUACCUGUCAGUCCAACCAGGUGGCCAUUCUCUGCAUCUUCAGACGAAAAGCAGAUGGUCGUGAGUUUUGUGUAACUACCACACAUCUCAAAGCCCGCCAGGGGACUCUGCUUGCCACCCUAAGGAAUGAACAGGGAAAGGACUUACUGGACUUUAUCCGGGCGUACUAUGACCACAGACCACUAAUAGUUACUGGUGACUUCAAUGCCGAGCCCACGGAGCCAGUGUACAGUACCAUAACUGAUUGCCUUGAGCCCAGCCUUGAUAGCGGCUACUCAUACCUCAGUAAUCAUCACGAGGAACCUCCUUAUACCACGUGGAAGAUACGGGAGGACGGAGAGACCCGCCACACACUGGACUACAUCUUCUUUCAUAAGGACACACUUACGCUGGAGUCCGUGUUGGACCUCCCACGAAAGGAAGACAUCGGCGAGAACCGGGUGCCCUCCUUUCGGUAUUCGUCCGAUCACUUUUCUCUAGUUUGUGACUUUUGCUUCAAGUGACCACAGAGUUAUAAGCAAGCACGUGUCUUUCUUGUAGUUUGUACUUCAAACAAGACGUCACUAGCCAAGAGCCGCUACAACCGAGAAAGUUUGAAUUUAAAAAAAAACAAACACAAAACAAAAUAUUCCAGUAAAACUAAAAUCUUUUAUAACCUGCAUAAUUAAGGCAAUAUGAAAUACAUGUCUUAUUAUCAUUCUUAUGUACCUAUUAGUUACUGUGGAGAUAAACAAGAACUGUUAGACUAUAA